AUGGGGUUCUCAGUGAGAUACUUGUUAAUCUAUGGUUUGAACAUGCAAAUGUGGUUAUUUUUUCAUGUGAUGGUUCUAUCAUACUUGUGGUCACAAGUUACAAGUCUUGGAUCCAUGUCUUCCAUUGCAAUAUCUUAUGGAGAACAAGGUUCAGUCUUUUGUGGUUUGAAGCUUGAUGGGUCCCAUACUGUUACCUGUUAUGGAUCCAACACAGCCAUAAUCUAUGAAACACCAUCACAUUUCUCAUUCAUUGGUCUAACUGCUGGUGAUGGCUUUAUAUGUGGACUUUUAAUGGAUUCAAACCAACCCUAUUGUUGGGGUAGCAGUGGCUACAUUGAAAUGGGGGUGCCUCAACCAAUGAUCAAGGAAGCUGAAUACAUAGACAUCAGUGCUGGUGAUCACCAUGUAUGUGGAUUGAGGAAGCCAUUAACUGGAAGAUUCAGGAACACUUCAUUUGUUGAUUGUUGGGGUUACAACAUGACUAGGAACUAUGUGUUUGAUGGAAUGUUUCAGUCAAUUUCAGCAGGUUCUGGAUUCAACUGUGGCCUUUUCUCUCAGAAUAGGAGUGUGUUCUGCUGGGGUGAUGAGACUAGUAGCAGGGUCAUUACUUUGAUUCCAGAUGACAAAAGAUUCCAGAGAAUCUCAGCUGGUGGAUACCAUGUUUGUGGAAUAUUGGAAGGUGUGAAGAAUUCAAGAGCUGUUUGUUGGGGAAGAAGCUUGGAUAUAGAAGAAGAAAUCUCAGUUUCAGUGAAACAACAUGCUGGUAGUUAUGGUCAAGGUAAUGUUGAUUUGGCACCAAGUGAUCCAAUGCUAUCUGUUGUUGGAGGAAAGUUUCAUGCAUGUGGAAUCAAGAGCUAUGAUAGGGAAGUGAUUUGUUGGGGAUUCAUCAUCAAACCAAGCACACCACCACCAAGUGGAACCAAGGUGUUUGAGAUUGCUGGUGGUGAUUACUUCUCUUGUGGUGUUCUUGCUGAAAGAUCUCUUAUGCCUGUUUGCUGGGGUGUUGGUUUUCCAAAAACACUACCUUUGGCUGUUUCACCAGGAAUGUGCAAGUCAAAUCCAUGUCCUCCUGGAUUCUAUGAGAUUGAUCUCCAAAAGGGUCUUUGCAAGUCAACAGAUUCAAGAAUUUGCGUUCAUUGCAGCAGUGGUGAUUGUCCUUCUGAGAUGUACCAGAAGAGUUCUUGUGGUGUGAAUUCUGAUAGAAUAUGUGAAUAUAAUUGUUCUUCAUGUUUUUCAUCUAAGUGCUUAUCAAAUUGCUCAUCUUCUAAUUCUGAGAAGAAGAAAAAUGAUGAUAAGUUUUGGGCUUUGCAGUUACCAGUUGUUAUUGCUGAGAUUGCUUUUGCAGUGUUCUUGGUUUGUAUUGUGUCGUUGACUUCAGUUUUGUAUGUUAAAUACAAGCUAAGAGAUUGUGAGUGUUCUUCAGUAAGGUCAAAGGUGAAGAAACUCAAUGGUGGUUCUAGCAGCAAGAACAGGACAAAUUUGGAGGAGUUCAAGAUUAGGAGGGCCCAAAUGUUCACCUAUGAGGAGCUUGAAACUGCAACUAAUGGAUUCAAAGAAGAAUCCAUUGUUGGGAAAGGAAGCUUCUCUUGUGUGUUCAAGGGUGUUCUGAAAGAUGGCACUGUUGUUGCUGUUAAGAGGGCCAUAGUUUCCACAAACAUGCAGAAGAAUUCAAAGGAGUUUCACACAGAACUUGACUUGCUAUCAAGGUUGAACCAUGCACAUUUGCUGAACCUAUUAGGAUAUUGUGAAGAAGGAAAUGAAAGGCUUCUUGUCUAUGAGUUCAUGGCCCAUGGUUCCUUGCAUCAACACCUUCAUGGACCAAAUAAGGUGUUAAAGGAGCAGCUAGAUUGGAUAAGGAGAGUAACAAUUGCAGUCCAAGCAGCAAGAGGAAUUGAGUAUUUGCAUGGAUAUGCAUGUCCACCAGUGAUUCACAGAGACAUAAAAUCAUCAAACAUUCUCAUUGAUGAAGAACACAAUGCAAGAGUUGCUGAUUUUGGCUUGUCAUUGUUAGGCCCUGCAGACAGUGGUUCACCACUUGCUGAAUUACCAGCUGGUACUCUUGGUUAUCUUGAUCCAGAGUACUAUAGGCUUCACUACCUCACCACAAAAUCUGAUGUAUAUAGCUUUGGUGUUCUGUUAUUGGAGAUUCUAAGUGGUAGAAAAGCCAUUGACAUGCAAUAUGAAGAAGGGAACAUUGUUGAAUGGGCAGUGCCAUUGAUCAAGUCAGGUGACAUAGCUGCAAUAUUAGACCCAGUUUUGAAACCUCCUAGUGAUCUUGAGGCCUUGAAAAGGAUUGCAAAUGUGGCAUGCAAAUGUGUGAGGAUGAGAGGGAAAGAAAGACCUUCAAUGGACAAAGUAACAACAGCAUUGGAAAGAGGGUUAGCAAUGCUAAUGGGAAGUCCUUGCAUUGAGCAACCAAUUUUGCCAACUGAGGUUGUUUUGGGAAGCAAUAGGUUGCACAAGAAAUCAUCACAAAGAUCAUCAAAUAGAUCAGCUUCUGAGACCACUGAGGUAGCAGAAACUGAGGAUCAAAGGAUUGAGUUCAGGGCACCAUCAUGGAUAACAUUCCCAAGUGUUACAUCUUCUCAGAGGAGGAAGUCUUCAGUGUCAGAUGCUGAUGUUGAAGGAGGGAAGAACAACAACAAUAACAUUAGUAAUAAUGCAGAAGUGAAUAAGAAUUUGGGAAAUGUUGUUGGUGUUGGUGGUGAUGGUUUGAAGAGUCUUGAGGAAGAGAUUGGACCUGCUUCUCCUAGAGAGAGGUUGUUCUUGCAACAUAACUUCUAAGUUCUAACCAACCAUAUAUAUCUUCUUGGAGGAAACUUUUAAUUUGGUUUCAUUUCUUAGAUGAUCUUGUUCUUUGUAUUUGUUUAGAUACUUG